AUGGAUCUGAAAACCUCAUAUAAAGGUAUAUCGUUAAACCCUAUUUAUGCAGGAAGCAGUGCUGUUGCCACUGUUUCAGAAAAUGGUAAAAUACUAGCUACUCCGGUGCUUGACGAAAUCAACAUAAUCGAUUUAACCCCAGGCUCCAGAAAAAUUUUGCACAAGAUUUCUAAUGAAGACGAGCAAGAAAUUACUGCACUGAAAUUAACUCCUGAUGGUCAAUAUCUCACGUAUGUUUCACAAGCUCAGCUUUUAAAAAUCUUUCACCUUAAGACCGGGAAAGUUGUCAGAUCAAUGAAAAUCUCUUCUCCAUCGUACAUUCUCGACGCAGAUUCCACUUCAACGCUUCUCGCAGUCGGAGGGACAGAUGGUAGUAUAAUUGUUGUGGAUAUUGAAAAUGGUUACAUUACUCAUUCGUUCAAAGGUCAUGGUGGUACAAUUUCCAGUUUGAAGUUUUAUGGACAAUUGAAUAGUAAAAUAUGGUUAUUAGCAUCCGGUGACACCAAUGGUAUGGUAAAGGUUUGGGAUCUUGUUAAAAGGAAGUGCUUGCACACAUUACAAGAGCACACAUCUGCUGUGAGAGGGUUGGAUAUCAUUGAGGUACCAGAUAAUGAUGAGCCAAGCCUAAAUUUACUUUCCGGUGGUAGAGACGAUAUCAUCAAUCUCUGGGAUUUCAAUAUGAAAAAGAAAUGUAAAUUGUUGAAAACACUUCCAGUAAAUCAACAGGUAGAGUCAUGCGGAUUCCUAAAGGAUGGUGACGGUAAACGCAUAAUUUAUACAGCCGGCGGUGAUGCUAUCUUUCAGUUAAUUGACUCUGAAUCUGGUAGCGUGCUUAAAAGAACCAAUAAACCUAUAGAAGAGUUAUUCAUUAUUGGUGUACUUCCAAUAUUGAGCAAUUCACAGAUGUUUUUAGUAUUGUCUGACCAGACAUUACAACUAAUUAACGUUGAAGAAGACUUAAAGAAUGAUGAAGACACAAUACAGGUCACUUCGAGCAUUGCUGGUAAUCAUGGUAUUAUUGCUGACAUGAGGUAUGUUGGCCCAGAGCUGAAUAAAUUAGCUUUAGCUACCAAUUCUCCAUCGCUUAGGAUAAUACCCGUCCCCGAUUUAUCAGGCCCAGAAGCUUCGCUGCCUUUGGAUGUCGAAAUUUAUGAAGGUCAUGAAGAUUUGCUAAAUUCAUUGGAUGCUACUGAGGAUGGCCUGUGGAUCGCAACCGCCUCUAAAGAUAAUACGGCUAUUGUUUGGAGAUACAAUGAGAACAGCUGCAAGUUUGAUAUUUAUGCCAAGUAUAUUGGUCAUUCAGCUGCCGUAACUGCUGUUGGAUUGCCAAAUAUAGUUUCAAAGGGAUAUCCUGAAUUUUUAUUGACAGCAUCGAAUGAUUUAACAAUUAAGAAAUGGAUAAUUCCAAAGCCAACUGCUAGUAUGGAUGUUCAAAUCAUCAAGGUAUCCGAAUAUACUCGUCAUGCCCAUGAAAAGGAUAUCAAUGCUUUGUCAGUUUCUCCUAACGAUUCUAUUUUUGCAACAGCAUCAUACGACAAGACCUGUAAGAUCUGGAACCUAGAAAAUGGUGAAUUGGAAGCCACGUUGGCCAACCACAAGCGUGGACUAUGGGAUGUAUCAUUUUGCCAAUAUGAUAAAUUAUUGGCAACUUCUUCAGGUGAUAAAACAGUCAAGAUAUGGUCAUUGGAUACAUUCAGCGUUAUGAAAACAUUGGAAGGUCAUACCAAUGCGGUUCAAAGAUGUUCGUUUAUUAAUAAGCAAAAACAACUGAUCAGUUGUGGUGCUGAUGGCUUGAUCAAAAUAUGGGAUUGUUCUAGCGGUGAAUGUCUGAAGACUUUGGAUGGUCAUAAUAAUAGAUUAUGGGCUUUAAGUACUAUGAAUGAUGGUGAUAUGAUCGUAAGUGCUGAUGCAGAUGGUGUUUUUCAGUUUUGGAAAGAUUGUACGGAACAAGAAAUAGAAGAAGAACAAGAAAAAGCUAAAUUACAAGUCGAACAAGAACAAUCGCUUCAAAAUUAUAUGAGCAAAGGUGAUUGGACAAAUGCAUUUUUGUUAGCAAUGACUUUAGAUCACCCAAUGAGGUUGUUUAAUGUUUUGAAAAGAGCUUUGGGCGAAUCAAGGUCUAGACAAGAUACCGAAGAGGGCAAAAUUGAAGUCAUUUUCAAUGAAGAAUUGGACCAAGCCAUCUCUAUCCUAAAUGAUGAACAGUUAAUUUUGUUAAUGAAACGAUGCAGAGAUUGGAAUACAAAUGCAAAAACACAUACCAUAGCGCAAAGAACAAUAAGAUGUAUUUUGAUGCAUCAUAACAUAGCAAAAUUGAGUGAGAUACCCGGAAUGGUAAAGAUAGUUGAUGCAAUAAUUCCAUACACGCAAAGGCAUUUCACAAGGGUUGAUAACUUAGUUGAACAAAGUUACAUAUUAGACUACGCGCUAGUGGAAAUGGAUAAGCUAUUCUAG